GAGCCGUUUCGCGCGCUGUGGGUAAGGGUGCUUCCCGCGCCAGCGGCCCGGGUUUUGGAGGGUGACCAAGCGUGUGCCCUAGGCUUCGGGCGUCCAGUGCUUCCAGACACGCAGGCAGGUGCUCCCGACCGACCUUCAGAGCCACUUCCUUAUUGCACGCCGCGCGGAGUGGAAGGGACCCGGCAUGGCGACACUCCACCUCCCCUAUGCACUUCCGCAUAUGAACUGACGAGACCAAAGCUGCAGGAAAAUGGACAGCGAGGUGCAGCGAGACGGAAGGAUCUUGGAUUUGAUUGAUGACGCUUGGCGGGAAGACAAGCUGCCAUAUGAGGAUGUCGCGAUCCCGCUGAGUGAGCUUCCAGAGCCUGAGCAGGACAACGGUGGCACCGCAGAGUCUGUGAAAGAGCAGGAGAUGAAGUGGACGGACCUGGCCUUGCAGUGUCUCCACGAGAACGUCCCGCCUGCUGGAAACUGACGCGGGUUUCUUUCUCUUGGUAGAGUUUUCAAAAAUAUGAACAAAACACAGUGUGGAAAUGUUCGGAAUGAGAAGCGGAGACUUCUCAGGCAUGCAGACCGUGGUCCUCGAAUCCUGCAUUAGUCCUACACUCGCUAGCGCUUGAACACAGUCCAUUAAAUGUCUGCCUUUAGCUCCAGUGUGGCUGCCGUCAACUCCUAACACUUCCCGGUACUGCCGUGUGUCCACCAGCACAGGCAGUUGAAAAUGCGAGUGGGAAAGGCAAAGAGGAAGCCAGACGUGAGGGGACUCUCAGACCUGUCUGUCCACGCCUGAGAAGCGUUCUGAGUGGAGGUAACCUGUAGGUGUGUGUGCCUCAAGCAGAUAUCCACUCACUGAUGACUGGCAUUCCUAAGGUUCCCAGGCUAUUUUCAGACCGUGCCUAAAAGUACAGACUAAAAAGUUACCUCUGAGGAGCUAGGGGAUGGUUUAGUCAGCACCUAAGUUUGAUCCCUAGAACUCCAGUAAACACUGGGUUUGGUUGCCCAGUGGUGUGUGCUUGUAAUCCCAGUUAGCCGUGAGUUCCCUCUGCUCCCUGUCUGCGGUUGUUACCAUUGGGCCACCGGAAGGGUCUCUAUUUGAUGGAGUACUCCUUUUAUUCAGAAUAGUAAUGGCAUCUCAUAUCUCAGAGCCCCUGCAAAUAGAAAAUGUUGUGGAUCCUGAAGCCAGUACUAUCUUGUUGCCUACUAAGAACUUCUUGAGGCUGGAGAGAGGCUGGAGAGGCUCAGGUAGUUAAGAGCACUUGAUGCUCUUGCAGAGGACCUGGGUUCAGUCCCUGGUGUUUACAUAUUAGCUCACACCUGUCCGUGACCGCAGUUCCCAGGGUUCCCUUCCCCUCUUCUGGCCUCUGAGGGCUGCACAUGUGAGGUGCGUAUGCACACAUAGACAA